UUUUCAGAGCGCGCACAGCUAAUCAUAGAAUAAUCGGUGUCGACUGCGCACGCUCAGCAAUUCAUUUUUGGGCACUCUAGAAAACACCAACCACCGGAAUGAGUGAACGAUUUGCCUACACUGCCAUCAUUUUAUGUCCAUUAUUUUAUUGCUUUGAGUAGAAUGAUUUUGCUUUUCUCCGCUGCAGCUUUUGCUUUGGAUGGCAUUCUAUCUCAAGAAAGGACGAGCCCCUCUUCUCUCACAGAAGCAUAGCAUUUCUCUGCAAGAGAGACAUACAAGCCCUAUGCAGGUGAGCAUUAGGCGAGCUAACUAUAGAAUGUCGCUUUGCAUUUCUUUAUUUAGUUUCCAGUGUUACUUGGAAAGUUAGGAUUUUUGUUGUUGUUGCAUUGAGCAAAUCGGACACACAAAGAAUACGAAGAAAAACGCAGCAAGAGUCGAGAAUCAUAAGAGGACCUCUCGCGCAAGCCUCAACAUCUCACCGAGUCUCACUCUCAUACCUCAGGAAAAAUGUCAUCUCAAACUAGAGUCAAGAAGGACAAGGAGAUCAUAGGAGAAUAUGAAACGCAAGUCAAAGAGAUCCGUAACCAGCUGGUGGAGCAGUUCAAAUGCCUGGAGCAGCAGUCAGAGUCUCGUAUCCAGCUGCUGCAGGACCUGCAGGACUUCUUCCGCCGCAAGGCUGAGAUCCAGCUGGAGUACUCCCGCAGCCUGGAGAAACUGGCCGAGCGAUUCUCCAACAAGAUCCGCAGCUCCAGAGAACACCACCAGUUCAAGAAGGACCAGCACCUGCUGUCCAGUGUGAACUGCUGGUACCUGGUACUGAACCAGACCAGGAGAGAGAGCAGGGACCACGCCACCCUCAAUGACAUCUAUACCAACAACGUUAUCGUCCGCCUCGCCCAGAUCAGCGAGGACGUAAUCCGCCUCUUCAAGAAGAGUAAGGACAUUGGGAUUCAGAUGCAUGAGGAGCUGGUGAAAGUGACAAACGAACUCUACACUGUGAUGAAGACCUACCACAUGUACCACACAGAGAGCAUCAGCGCUGAGAGCAAGCUGAAGGACGCUGAGAAGCAGGAGGAGAAGCAGUUCAGUAAGUCUGCUGACCUCAACGUCCACCUGCUGCGCCACGAGGACCGGCCCCAGAGACGCAGCUCCGUCAGGAAGAUCGAGAAGAUGAAGGAGAAGAGGCAAGCCAAGUACUCUGAGAACAAGCUGAAGUGCACUAAAGCCCGCAACGACUAUUUGUUGAACCUGGCAGCAACGAAUGCCGUUGUGGCGAAAUACUACAUCCACGAUGUCUCUGAUAUGAUUGAUUGCUGCGACCUGGGCUACCAUGCCAGCCUGGCACGUACCUUCAGGACCUACCUGUCAGCUGAGUACAACCUGGAGACUAGUCGCCACGAGGGCCUGGACGUCAUGGAGAACGCCGUGGACAACCUGGACUCCCGCAGCGACAAGCACAAGAUCAUGGACAUGCACAACCAGGUGUUCUGCCCUCCCAUGCGCUUCGAGUACCUGCCCCACAUGGGGGACGAGGUGUGUCAGGUGAGUGCCCAGCAGCCUGUGCAGACUGAGCUUCUGAUGCGCUACCACCAGCUGCAGUCCCGCCUGGCCACGCUCAAGAUCGAGAACGAGGAGGUGAGGAAGACACUGGACGCCACCAUGCAGACCAUGCAGGACAUGCUGACUGUGGAGGACUUUGAUGUGUCCGAUGCUUUCCAACAUAGCCGCUCCAAUGAGUCCAUGAAGUCUGUUGCCUCUGAGACCUACAUGAGCAAACUGAACGUGGCCAAGAGACGGGCAAACCAGCAGGAGACAGAGGUCUUCUACUUCACUAAAUUUAAGGAGUUCCUGAACGGCAGCAACCUCAUCAUUAAACUGCAGGCCAAACAUGACCUCCUGAAGCAGACACUGGGAGAAGGAGAAAGGGCUGAAUGUGGGACUACGAGGCCCCCCACUCUACCCCCUAAACCACAGAAAAUGCGGAAGCCUAGGCCGCGCUCCAUCUAUAACCAUAAACUGUUUAACGGCAAUAUGGAGACAUUCAUCAAGGAUUCAGGUCAACCUAUUCCUCUUGUGGUUGAGAGCUGUAUUCGACACAUCAAUUUGUAUGGGCUCCAGCAGCAGGGCAUAUUCCGUGUGCCUGGAUCCCAGGUGGAGGUUAAUGAUAUUAAAAACUCAUUUGAGAGAGGUGAAGACCCAUUGAUUGAAGACCAGAAUGAACAUGACAUCAACUCAGUGGCAGGGGUCCUCAAGCUGUACUUCAGGGGCCUGGAGAACCCUCUGUUCCCCAAGGAACGCUUCCUGGAUCUCAUGUCUACUAUAAAGCUGGAGUCUGGAGCUGAGAGAGCGCAUCACGUCCAGCAGAUUGUUGUGACUCUUCCUCGCACCGUCAUCAUCGUCAUGAGAUACCUGUUCGCUUUCCUCAAUCAUCUGUCCCAGUACAGUGAUGAGAACAUGAUGGAUCCCUAUAACCUGGCCAUCUGCUUCGGCCCCACCCUGAUGCCCAUCCCCGACGGACAGGACCCUGUAGCCAUCCAGGCGCAUGUCAAUGAGGUCAUCAAGACCAUCAUCAUCCACAACGAGGUCAUCUUUCCCAGCCACCGUGAGCUGGACGGGCCAGUCUAUGAGAAGUGCAUGACUGGAGGAGAGGAGUACUGUGACAGCCCCCACAGUGAGCCAGGCACAAUCGAUGAGGCUGACAACGGGACUGAGCCACACACCAGUGAUGACGAGGUGGAGCAGAUUGAGGCCAUCGCUAAGUUUGACUAUGUGGGGCGCACCCCCCGGGAGCUAUCCUUUAAGAAGGGAGCGUCACUACUCCUGUAUCACCGCGCCUCCGAGGACUGGUGGGAGGGGCGGCACAACGGUGUGGACGGACUGAUCCCACACCAGUACAUUGUGGUGCAGGACCUGGAUGAUGCGUUCUCAGAUAAUCUCAGUCAGAAGGCGGACAGCGAGGCGAGCAGCGGACCACUGCUGGAUGACAAGGCCUCAUCCAAAAACGAUGUCCCAUCACCGUGUGAACACUCCCCCGACUGCAACUUUGGAGGAGUCAUGGGGAGGGUGAGGCUACGUUCUGACGGGGCCGCCAUCCCUCAGCGCCGCAGAGGAGAGACCCACAGCCCUCCCCGGGGCACAGACACACCUCCGCGGGCCGCAGCCUGUCCCAGUAGCCCCCACAAGAUGGCAGUGAGCAGGAGUCGCAUGGAGAGCCCGGAGAAGAGGCGCCUGGGCACAUUUGGCAGUGCGGGCAGCAUCAACUAUGCUGACAGGAAGGUCUACCCCGAGGGCCACCCCCUGAGACACGUACCAGGGGCCACACGCCACAGCAGCCUGGGGGACCACAAGUCACUGGAGGCUGAUGCCCUGGCAGAGGACAUAGAGAAGACCAUGACCACGGCCCUACAUGAGCUGCGUGAGCUGGAGCGCCAAAACAUGGGCAAGCAAGCACCAGACGUGGUGCUGGAUACCCUGGACACCACCAUGAAGAAGCCUGUGAACUCGGAGCCCGGCAGCCCCCUCCACACCAUCAUGAUCCGCGACCCGGACGCCGCCAUGCGCCGCAGCAGCAGCUCCACCUCUGAAAUGAUGUCCACCUUUAAGCCUGCCUUGUCGGCACGUCUGGCCGGAGCCCAACUGCGCCCCCCGCCCAUGAGGCCCGUCCGCCCGCCCCCCACCGGGCACCGCUCCUCCAGCUCCAGUUCCUCCGGGGUAGGAAGCCCUGCUGUCACCCCCACUGAGAAGAUCUUCCCCAACAGCACUGCCGCGGCUAGCUCCGCAGCUAACGCAGCCGGGGACAAGUCAGGCACCAUGUAACUCUGAGGGAGACUCAGGGUUUUCAUGUUGCAACAGCUUGAAGGAGAGGAAAGCCCAUAGAAAUGCGAUGAUGUGUUGUCAAUAUGUUCUCAGAGAACAUGUGUGGAUUUUCCCUCUCCUUGUUUUGAGUUUCACUUUAUUUCUUGAAUUCAGAAAGCUCCUGGAGUGAGCCUGAGUUGCCAUAGUGAUGGCAGGUGGAGAGGCUGUAGGGGUUUUAUAGCAUAUUAACUCAACACUCUGAAGCUUGAUGUGAAAACGGACUUGAAAAUAAUGAAUAAAAUCACCUCAAAGUAAAAGUAAUUUUUUCGUUUUUACCUCAAAAUUAUGUCUGUGGCCAGGCCCCGCUUUUUAGAGAUUCAUUGACUGCAAGACGUGAAGAAGUACUUGUGUAAUUUUGGCAUUGGUUUUCAUCCUGCACUGGUCCAGAUGAUGUCUGAUCCCUCCUUACUGGUGUGUAUGAGACUCUUCUCUCUGGACUGGACACUCAGUCUACCAGACUGCUUCUAAGAGACUGAAA